AUGCUUAGUACCAAUACUUCGGGAGCGGCAGCAGCUCAGCGUCUUGCAUCAGACCUCCAGUUCAAUUUUACUGUCCAUCCCAGCGCUGCUCCGUUUACAGUCUCCCAGCAAGCAUAUCUUUCAGCUCAUCCAGAUCCGAGAUACACUCACAUCGCGACUGGGUCGCUUGUGUUCGACACCAGCAAUCAGUCAUGCCCUCGGCUGCUUCUGCUUCAGCGCGCUGCCCAUGACAGCAUGCCCAACAAGUGGGAGGUCCCGGGGGGUGGCUGUGACGACGACGACGAGAGCAUCCUGCACGCUGCGGCGCGCGAGCUAUGGGAGGAAGCCGGGCUUAAAGCAGUCCAUCUGGGGGCUCCUGUUGGAAGACCUUACUUCUUACAAAGUAGAUCCGGGAAGAAAGUAUGCAAAUUUGUGUUCCCGGUGCAGGUCGAGACCAAUAGUGAAGGUCACAUGGAUGUGACUUUGGACCCACGAGAGCAUCAAAACUUCACAUGGGCCAGUGAAGAAGAAGUCAAGGCCAAGAGGAUAAACGACAUGGAGCUGGAGUUUACUCACAAGGAUCUGGAGUGUAUAGUGCUUACAGCAUUUAGUCAAUUCAAGACGGGAUGA